UCUGAAAUACUUAUCCACGAUUAGAUUUCUGUAUUAUUCUCUAUUCUCUGAUUUACAUUUGCAUUCUGUCAUAUAAAAAGUCAGAUGAAUAUGUGUAUUUUUACCUUUUUUUACACUUUACCUUACAAUAAUUUUUCAUAAACUUAUUUAUAACAAAGUGUUUGAAUCUUUUUAAAUACACAUACAAAUAAAAAUUAAUAUUGUCCUGCAUUCGUGUAAUGAUAUCCAGUGCAAAAUGCAGAUUCAGUAAGAAAUGACACAUCGAAUAAAAAAAAAGAAUGAUCUGAGUAAAAUUUGUAAUUGGAGUAAUCUUUUAAAUGUAGCAAUAGAACACUACUCUGAAACAAAUGAAACUCAAAAUACCUCGGUAUCACAAGAGCUCACUACUUUUAAAUGUACAACUAUUAAUUAUUUAAAAAUUUACAGAGCUCAAAAAGCUUUGAAAAGUAUUAUACUCCAAAAUGUUAAGUCAUCGACACAACAAUUUAUUGGUAUUCAUUAUAGUGUACCAAUUUAUUGUAUUCCUUCUUUAAUAUUAGGAAUAAUUUCUGCUGGACACGCUUUCGUUUAUUUAUCAGAAGAUCAACUACCAUUUUUAGUAAAUUCACUGGAAAUAAAAUAUUUAUUUAUACCAAAGUCAGCAAGUACAGUCAUUAAGGAUGUUGAAGUGAUAAAAAAAUUUUGGAUGCACAAAGAAUCUCUUAUAUUUUCAAAGAUAACAUGCAAUAAGAAUGAUGAUGAUGAUGAUGAUGAGACGAGUGAUUUCAAAUAUAAUAAAUUAAAACGUAAAAAUUAUUUGGCAUAUGCUAUUACGACAUCUGGAUCAACUGGGGCAGCUGUUCCAGUCAAAGUCUCUCAUGCUUCUCUUUUAUCUAAUAUACUUGACUUCCGAGAACUUUUUAAACUCUCCAGUACUGACAAAAUUACUCAAUUAACUCCUCUUACUUUUGAUCCAAGUUUGAUAGAAAUAUUUCUCAGUCUUUCAUCUGGUGCUACGAUCGUUACUGUUUCAGAGCACUUGAAAAACAAUCCUAGCAAGUUACUGGACAUUCUCUAUAAUAGGAAAAUUACAUUUAUCUCAACUACUCCAUCAUUAUUUCUUCAUCGUGGCUGGAGCUUAAAUGAUCUAAAAGUAACACUCUUUGGAAAAAACAGCAACCUUCGGAUUCUUUUACUUGGUGGUGAAAUUUUUCCAAAACUAGAUCUUAUAUUUAACAUCAAGGAUCCUGAAAAUCGUACAAAAAUAUUUAAUGUUUAUGGAAUCACAGAAGUUUCUUGUUGGGCAAGUAUUCAAGAAAUAUUUUGCAAUCAAGAAAGUAAUUCUGAUGAACAACAAGUUCAGCUCAAACUUGGGACAGUGUUAAGUGAUACAAUAUUUCAAGUUCGAGACAUAGAAAAUGAUAAUCAUGUUAUUGAUGAAGGUGAAGGAAUUCUUUACAUCGGAAGUCAUACUCGAAUUUGCAUAAUUGGUAAUGAGGAAUUAGAUGAUUUGAAGCCACCUGUUUUUCGAAAGACUGGAGACUUAGUAAAAAUAAAUAAACUUGGAGAAAUAAUAUUCAAAGGUCGACAAGACACUUGUAUAAAAAGAUUUGGUCAUAAAGUAUAUUUAAAUGACUUAAAUUAUCAUGCACAAAAAUUAUAUUAUAUAAAAGAUUCUUAUUCGUUUGUAUUUCCUCCUUCGAAUAAGUUGUAUUUAUUUUUAACGAUAUCAAAUGAAUUCAUUAACCACCACACUGAUAUUAUCCAAGAUGUGUGGGUUCAUAUCAAGUUAUUACCAGCAAUUAUGUACCCAGAUAAAAUUCAUAUACUAAAUCAUUUCGAAAUGACUGAACGCGGAAAAAUAUGCAAAGAUUACUUAAUGAAUAUUUGCACUGACAUUGAAAAAACUUCAAACAUAUCAAAUAUUAAUUCUCUAGAUAUCAAAGGACUAUUACAAGAAAGUUGGAUGAAUCAUUUACAUUGUCAUGUAAAUAAUAUUAAUCUUACUAGAUUUAUAGAUGUUGGAGGAACAUCAGUAAUCGCUUUACAAAUCCUUUCAGAGUUAACUGAUAAAUCACAACGAAGUUUUCCAAAUUUAGUUGGAAUGCUAUUAGAAAAUAAAACAUUAGAAGAAUGUUUAGAUUAUAUCGAUAAAUGUAAUGGUGACGUUGAAUUUAAUAUAAGUGAAUGUGAUAUUAAAAAAAAUAAUCAUAAGUCAAUACCAAAUAUUAAUAAUUACUCUAAUAAUGUUUAUAUCUGGCAAAAGUAUCGUGGAAGAACAAAAAUAAUAUCUUUGAAUGAUAAUCAUCCACAUCAAUCGAUGCAAAAUGUUAUUCAUGAAUCUAUAAUCUUUGAUGUUGAUAAAUAUCAAACUUUUAAUUUAAGAAAGUGUGUUGAUGCUUCUCCGACUGUUUUUGGAUAUAGUUUUUCAUCAGAAGGAUUAUUACAAAACACUGAUGAAGAAUCAGCAUUUGUAUGUGUAGGUUCACAUUUAGGAAUAAUAUGUACUGUAGAACUAAAUGCCAAUCACUCUGAAAAGUACAAAAAAUGGGAAAUUCAAUUACCUCAAAGUGAUAAUACUAUUCCAAGAAUAGAAGCAUCAAUAUUAGUGCUUGAUAAUUUUAGAGGUGUUGUUGGGUGUCAUAAUGGCAAUAUUUAUUGCAUUCAUUUAAAGACUGGUGAAAUUUACUGGACUUUCGCAACAAAUGAUAUUGUAAAAUGUUCAGCAGAAAUUUGUAGUAAAAAAGAGAAUAUUUUUAUUGGCUCCUAUGAUCAUUUUUUUUACUGCAUUUCUACACAGGAUGGCUCUCUGGUUUGGAGAAGGAAAAUUUACUCAAGCAUUUGCUCAACGCCUCUGGUGCAUGACGAAACUGGCAAUGUAAUUAUUGGCUUAUUAAACGGAAUGUGUAUUUGUUUAGAUCAAACAUCUGGUGAUUUACAGUGGGAAUAUCGACUAGAAAACCCAAUAUUUUCAUCGCCAAUUGCAUUAGAUGAUAACGUAGUAGUUGUAGCAGAUGUUUGCGGAAAUUUAACAGGUUUAAAAAUUAUAACAAACAAUCAUCAUCAGAUGGCACAAAAUUAUAGUAAUAGAUUAUGGAAUUUCAACAUAUCAGGACAAAUUUUUUCGGAUCUCGUAGUUUUUACUGACUCGUCGACUCCUAAUUUACAAAACUUAAUAUUUGCGAGUAAAAAUGGAUUUCUUUAUCGAUAUUAUUUGGAUAAUCCUAAUUCAGUGCCAAAAUUAAAAUAUAGAAUAGAUUGUGGUUACAUGAUUGUUUCCACUCCCUGGGUAAACGAAAGUAUUAUUCUGAUUGGAAGAGAGGAUGGUAUUUUAAAAGUUAUUGAUUAUCAGAUAGGAUGUUUUUUACAUUCUUUUAAUCUUCAUGGAAAUUGUUUUUCAUCACCAGUAUUAUAUAAGAACUUCAUAACCGUUGGUUGUCGAGAUGAUAACUUAUAUGUUUUAUGCUUGCAACGAGAAAAAGAUAAAAAAGAAUGAGUAUUUUCUAUUGAAACAAAAAGUAAGUAUCAAUAAAAAGUAUUGAAACAAGA